AUGGGUUUCGAUGGAUCGUUGCGUCCAAAACCACCACGUCCGUAUGCACCACCACCGCCUCCGGUCGGAGUAAUUGGUGCAGCAGGAGUGAUACCGGCAAAUGGGGCACAGGCAUUUCCA